GAGGACGGAACCGAACUCGGGACUGUGCGAGAUGUCGGGGAGCCAGCCGCCGGCGGGAAGAGCGGUGCCGUGUCUGCGCUGCAGAGGGACCUGCCCGGGCUUCCAGCCACAUUCCUGGAGGAAAAUCUGCAAGACGUGCAAAUGCAGCCAGGAGGAUCACAUCCUGAGCUCAGAUGUGGAGGAUGAUCAGAAGAUCGGGAGGCUGCUGUCAGACUCCAGGUACUCCUCACUCACUGCCCGGGUCAAGGGAGGGGACGGCGCCCGCAUCUACAAGAGGAACCGCAUGAUCGUCACCAACCCCAUCGUCUCGCGCAAGGACCCCACCUUCAACACCAUCACCUACGAGUGGGCUCCCCCGGGGCUCACCCAGAAGCUGGCCAUGCAGUACAUGGAGCUGAUCCCCAAGGAGCUGCAGCCGGUGGCAGGGACGGACGGGGCGCGGUACCGGCGGCACCAGCUGAUGAGACAGCUCCCGCUCUACGACCAGGACCCAUCCCACUGCCAGGGCCUGGCCGAGGGAGAGGUGAAGCUGAUGGAAGACUUUGUGAAGAAGUACAAAGCUGAAGCUCUGGGCGUCGGGGAGGUGGCACUGCCAGGCCAGGGUGGUGCCAGGAAGGAGGAGGGGAAGGCUCAGGAUGAGAGCAUCACCGGCAGCAAAACCCCUGAGUCCAACGGGGCCCUGGAGCCCACGGAGGGCAUCUACCGCUGCGAGGCCUGCAAGGCGGCGGUGCCCGGGGACUGCCCGGUGGUGUACGCAGACAGGGCCGGCUACUCCCGGCUGUGGCACCCGUCCUGCUUCGUCUGCUGCCGCUGCGCCCAGCCCCUCGUCGACCUCAUCUACUUCUGGAAGAGCGGGGCAGCCUGGUGCGGGAGGCACUACUGCGAGAGCCUGCGCCCACGCUGCGCUGCCUGCGACGAGCUCAUCUUCUCAGAGGAUUACCAGCAGGCAGAGGGCAUGGCCUGGCACAAGGAGCACUUUUCCUGCCUGGAGUGUGAGACACUGCUGACCGGCAAAGCCUUCGUCCUGGACACCGCUGGCCUCCUCUGCAUCACCUGCAGCAAGAGCAGACACCUCUGAGCAGGGAGCAGCUCCCCGAGUCCCACCAGAGCUGGGGGGCAUUUCACCAGAAGGAGAAGGUUUAAAAAAACAGAAAAACCAACCAAAAAAAAAAAAA